UUGCCAGUUAAGAUGUCUGCGGCGGGUACGGGUGCGGGCGGUGGCGGACCCGGACCCGGUUCGGGCGCCGGUUCCGGGGCUUGUAACCCUCGAAAGUUCAGCGAGAAGAUAGCGUUGCACACUCAGCGACAGGCAGAAGAGACGGCAGCCUUUCAAGAGGUUAUGAUGGACAUCACCUCGACUCGGAUUCAGGCUCAGAAGGUCCGUCUGUCCCAGAUCCAGGGGCCGUAUUAUGGAGGGUCCCUUCCCAAUGUCAACCAGAUCGGGAGAAACGCCCCGGACCAGGCCCAGUUCCACAGCUCCCUGGAGUCCAGUCGCUCCACCCGGCACCAUGGCCUUGUGGAGAGGGUCCACAGGGACAGGAGGUUCACCUCCCCUGUCCGUCCCUACCGGAGACAAACUGACAACUCACCCUACAGCUCUGCCUACUUGUCUCCGCCCCCUGAUCCCAGCUGGAGGAGGAACUGGUCCAGCAACUUCCCCAUGGACAAACACCAACUGGUCCACCUCCCCAUCACUGGUCUGAACAGGACGAAUUCGGACUCGGCCCUCCACACCAGUGUGAUGAACCCUCCCCCCAGGGACCUGUCCCACACACUGAACCCCCAUAACAGGCGCAGUGGCCUGGUGGAGUGCCAGGGCCAGGGCCGAAAGAUGUUCCCGUACCCCGUCCCGCCCAUUGAGGAGAACGUCCUGGACGAAGCCAGGGUGCUCAAGCCCUGGGACACCAAAAAGUUACCAAUUCUUUCAUCACGACCCAAGUCCUGUGAAGUCCCUGGAAUCAAUAUCUUCCCCUCCCCGGACCAGCCCUCCAGUGCCCCUCUCAUCCCUGUGGCUCUGAAUGCGGGGGGAUCCCUGCCGGAUCUCACCACCCUGCAGUUCCCCUCGCCCCUGCCCAACCCGCUGGACCGCGACGAGGGCCCCUACCCCUCCUCCCUCAGCGGGGCCGGCAGCACCGGCAACCUGACCAACACCCUCACCCAGCUGGGCAUCACCAGCGGCCACGGCUUCCACCUGCCAGGCCUGUGCGCGUCUCUGCAGGGGUCCUACUGCAACCCCCUGCUCCAGUCGUCUCUUAGCAACCCCAACAUCCAAUCGUCCCUCGGCAGCCACUCCUUCCCCAACUCCCUGAGCUCCGCCUCCUUGCACUCGUCGCUCAGCAACCCCUCCCUGCAGUCGCCGCUCAGCUCCUGUCCGUCACUUCAGUCGUCGCUCAGCAACCAGUCGCUGCAGUCCUCCCUCAGUAACUCCUCCCUCAGCGGCCAGUCCCUCCAAUCGGCCGCCAGCAACCCCAGCUUCGGCUCAGGCUCCUCCCCUUCCUCAUACCCCUCACUCGCCACUGGCCAGACGCAGCCGUCACUCACCUCAUCACCACGGCGACGGACCCAGCUCAGCCCCCUGGUCUUGCCGAUUGGUGGAGAGGUGCGUCGGCACCACCCUAAGCAGUUCUCUCCCACCAUCUCUCCCACGCUCACCUCCAUAACGCAGGGGGUUCCUCUGGACACCAGUAAGCCGGCCUAUCCCUACAAUCAGCCCCAGACGGGUCCUCCACUAUCCCAUCAGCCCGUGCAGCAGUCCGGCCAACAGCAACAUCAACACCAGCAACAGCACUUGCAGCAUCAACAACAACAACAACAACAACAGCAACAGCAACAACAUCAUCACCAGCAGCAGCAGCACCUACAGCAUCAACAUCAACAUCUCCAACAACAACAACAACAACAUCACCAGCAACAGCCGCUACAACACCAUCAGCAGCAACAUCAACAACACAUACAACAGCAACAGAUGCAACAGCAGCAGCAGCAACAACAUCAUCACCAGCAACAGCAACAAUUGCAACAGCAACAAUUACAACAAUUACAACAAUUACAACAGCAACAGCAACAUCACGCGCAGCAGCACCAGUCCCAGCAGCCUGGGCAGACUCAGCUGCAGUGCUCACUGCAGGAGGACCGCCAGCAGAGGGCGCUGGCGCCCACAGGCCCGCCGCAGCCUGACCUGAGCCUGUACAACGACUCCAUACUGGGCUUCCUGGAGGACCCCUGCCUACAGGUGCCGCCCAGCCAGAACCACGGCGUCGCCCAGCAGCUGGGACACUUCAACAUGGACGGCCACACCUUCAACCACAGCCAGGGGACCCAGAGCCUGGGUGGUCUGGGGACCGAGGGGCCCUACCCUGGCGACCGGGGGCCCCUGGAGACCCAGCAUCCCAUGGACCCGCAGCUCCUCAACAAGCAGAACCUGAACCUGAACCAGAACCAGAACCAGGGCUAUGGCAGUGGGGACGGCUGCCCCGGUCUCCCCAACAUCAUCCUGACGGGGGACCCCUCGGCCGGGCUGUCGAAGGAGAUCGCCAACGUGCUGUCGGGGAUGCCGGGGUUCGAGGUGGACGCAUUCGGCCUGGACAGCCCCCUGCGCAUGGACCCCCUGGCCCUGGAGGGGCUGAGCAUGCUGGCCGAGGGGGACCUGAUGCUCCCUGACGCGGCCGUGGAGGACUCCUUCCGCUCCGACCGCCUGCAGUGACUCCCAGAGGGACGGGGCCUGGGUGGAGGGGCGGGGCCAUGGGGGGGCUGAAUCCUGCACUGAAAAUCGGCCUACGAUCAACCAAUAAGAGCGCUCGCUGUGGUACGGUGACGUGGCCGGGCACGGUGACGUACGGUAUUGUUCUUCCCCGAAAUCUUCUGAAACCAAAUCGCACUGAAGCUGUGUUCUGUCAUCAAAAUAGUUGUCGGGUCGGGACGGGCUGGGUCACGGUGCUGGUGCUCUGGGCCGUUCAGCUCUGACCCAUUCAUGGGUUCCUGCUUUCUGGACCCCGCCCCCUUCCUCAGUCUGUGUGCUUAUAUUAACACCCCCGUGUGCUUUUUGUGGAUUAAUUGUGCAUCCACCGUUACCAUGGUGCCCCAGUGUGGAACUCUGCCCUGCUUCGAGAGGGCGGAUCAUUGGUCACGUCCCUGUGACUGACAGCCGUCGCACAAGAAACAGGAAUAAGCCCCGCCCCUUUUCGCCGCCCAUCCUAAAACGCAGAUGGUUUCCCUGGUUUCUGUCUCUCCGACGGUCUUCCUGUCACUCAUGUUGCAACCACCAAUAGUGAUUCCUCCUUUUGUUGAAGCUCCAAUCACCGUCAAGCUAUGCAAGAAGCUCCGCCUACCCCCCCUCCUCUGUUUAUUUCAUGGAAGCUUUUGUACUUUGCAGAAAUGGCGAGAAAUGUUUAGGCUGAAACUUAAGAAUGUUAAUCAAAAACAAAAAACAAAAAAAAACCCUUACAGAAAUGGAAUAUACUGAAAAUAUAUAAAUAUAAAAUAUCUUUCAAAAACACAUCUUCAUUAUGAUUUGUAUAUAAAAGUACACAAAUCAUGGCCACUUUCAGAUACUGUAAGAUAUGUAUAUAAUAUUUUAAUACACUGCCCUGAAAUAUAUUUAUAAUUGUAAAUUUGAAAAGAAUCAAGCAUAUAUUUACAGUAUAUUGCAGUAUGGUCCAUUUCUGUGAGAGUGGGAAAGCAUUUUACUGAUGGUUUAUGAACCACAAAAGUGGGAGGGGCAUCAGAGAGUCAAUUUGAAACAAUCUUUGGAUCUCUGCGUCAUAUGGGCUGCUUUGAUUGGUUCAUACGAGUCAGUGUGUUUCCUGGUGGUAAUAAACCUGGAAUAGGACGUCUGUAUUGUCACCCGCCUAGAAACCAUAGAGGAGCGCCAAUCACAGUACAUGUUGGUAAUAACAGGUGAUCGGUGGAUUCCGUUUGCUCCCUUUAUCCAGGAAGUGUAGACAGGAAGUCGCCGCCAGUCGCUGCCGGGGUUAUUCCGUUUCAUCUUAUGAACGUGCCCCAUGAUUGGUGGAGAAGUCCCCUCUGGUUUCUAUGUGAAAAGUGACAGCCCUGACUUCCUGUCCAUAUGGUAACCAUGGAGAUGUGGUAGCCCCUUACCCUUCGGGGUUCGUGACGCUUGGCUCUCCCGGUGGUUUCUUGUCAGUGAGUGACGUUGGCUUAUCGCUGCCAUGGUGACCAUCUUCCUCUUCCUCUUCCGCCGAUAGCUGUGUAACUCCUCCUUGCUGGAGGACAAACACAGGGAUGCUCGAGUCUGCCCCCUGCAGGUCAGUGUCCGUACUGCUGGUUUUCAUUCCUCCUCAUUGCAGUUAUUUUAUCCAACGCGACGUACAGGUGAUAUGACUAAGCAGAGGCCAAUCCUCCCUGGAGGAUAUUGGGGAUAAGUUGCGCUGAUCUUAUCGUGGCUACACCGGGGCUUGAACCACCAACCUUCUGGGUCCCAGUCAAGCACCUUAGCCACUAGGCUGUUCCCAUCAGGGACACAACCUGGGGUACCAGGUGAGGGAGACCUGGCCAAUCAGUGACAUUCAUCAACCAUUCCACCAAUUACCUGUCGGGAAGAAAAAGAAACCAGCAGUACUGAAUUUACGAGUAUCACUGAUGUGUAAAGCAUAACUGUAGUAUAUUUUUCUGCAUCGAAGCGAAAUUAUUUGCUGUAACAAUUAGAAAAAAUUAGAUUUUAUUUUCUAACAAAGAGUUUUGACAAAUAUUUUAUAGUUUUGUGCUGAUUUUGUAAUGUAACACAGGAAGAAGAGCCUAAUAGCUUUAGGGGGGGAGCAGGGCUGAGGUUUUGUGACCAAGUGCAUUGGAUGUUUUUAUGUUUAUUUGUUGAGACUGCGGCAGGCACACGCGCUUGGCGAAGUCCGUGCGUCUUCACACCCCCGUCCAAUCAGAAACGGCGAGACCAUCAGUGACAGGGUGGCGUCUCGCCUGUGACGUCACGCGGUGGCCUUCCUCCCUGUCCGAUUUAUCUCCCACCUGACCAUGGGAAUCCCAGAUACCCGGCCCUGCGCGUUGCCCAUAGCAACUCCUAACCGGCGCCUUGUGAAAAAUUAUCAUGUCGGUCUAAUCUGUAGUGUGCAAAACAUUACGGGCACCGGAGCGAUUAAUAGUUGUUAGUUCUUGUUUGCUUCCCCAGCUAUGCACCUCUGUAAUACCUACUGUGUAGGUCAAGCGCCCCCUUGAGGAAGGUAGUCUGAAGUGUUCCUGCAGCACCUGUUGGCCCCAGGCCUGUCUUGUCUGUCUGCCAGCUGGACUGCAGAUGUUCUUGAGUUGAUUGGAGUGAAACUCGGGUGGAGUGAGUACCUGUGAGACCGAGAAGGUGAAAGAGACGAGGCAGAAUGCCUAGAGCCGGGAUCAUCAACUCACCGUCCUCCAGGGCCGAGACCUGCUGCUUUUCCACCCUCCCUUUACCUGGGAGUCAGGUGUGUUCACCCUCCCUUUAUCUGGGAGUCGGGUGUGUUCACCCUCCCUUUACCUGGGAGUCAGGUGUGUUCACCCUCCCUUUACCUGGGAGUCAGGUGUGUUCACCCUCCCUUUACCUGGGAGUCAGGUGUGUUCACCCUCCCUUUACCUGGGAGUCAGGUGUGUUCACCAUCCCUUUAUCUGGGAGUCAGGUCCUGGCCAAUCAGCAGCGCUCAUUGUUUAGCUAAUUAUCUGAGAGAAAAGAAAGCCAGGGCCGGAUUUGGAUUGGAGGCUUUUACUCAGCAUUUUUCAGUUGCAGCCAGAGCUGUAAAAAAAAAAAAGGUUCAGAAAGUAAAAAUCCUCCCUGGUAUUUUGAUCCAAUCAGCUGCAUUUGCUAAUUGGCACAAUUUUUCAGCCAGGAGGUAGAACUAAUUGGUUGAAAUCAGGUGAAAUUGGUGAGUUCAAUGGUGGGGAAAAAAAAACAAAACAGGGCAGGACAUUUACUGUCUGACACCUGACCUUUCACCUCUGGUCCCAGCAUCGGGCAGGUCAGGGCCGGACACUCGGUUGCCGUGGGAACGUAACGGUGAAGGCGGACGGUUCUGGCCAGAUUAAAAAGUGACAUGUAAUCUUCAUUUAAUCUUCGUUGUCCAAUCAGGGCUUUUUAACUCAGAGCCAGGGGUAACGGAGCCCAGUGCAGACCCCACAAACAGACGUGGCGUGUGACGCUGUGACCUUUGAACUCUGUUCAUGUUUCCUCAUUCACCACGAACAAAGAUUUCUCAUUAAAAAAAAAAAGCAAAAAAAAAAAAAAAA